CCUGUAUGUGUUGCUGAAGUAAGCAGCAUCAUUUGGUUCAGGAGUGAAGGGACCUGCACGAAGAGACCUACGAUGGAUUAUAUCAUCCUGGAGAAAGCGAGCAAUAAUCCAUGUGCUCUGGAGCCGGGCUCGGGUCAUAUUAUAUGAGGCAUUGAAUAGGACAAAGAACAAGCGAUUCCAUCAAUGUGCGUUCUGCGAUCCGAUGGAGCCUUUGAUUUCAAUGAUGAAAUGUCAUGACACCACACCACAUCGAGGAGGCCAUGUCCUGGAACAAAGGUACGAGGAAUAACUAAUCUCGGUCCUGCCUGUCCCUGCUUCAAGGCUUUGUGCAUUGGGGAAAUCUUCUCGCAAAAGGCGGCACGGUGGAGCAUAGAGUCAAAAAUCGGGCAGCCAUGAAGGACAAAGACUUCAUUGCCCAUGUCGAGAGAGGGAAGCCUGCUACGUACACCGGAGACAAGAAGGCAAAAAUGGCUGCCAAAACUAAUAAAAAAUGGGUGAGACUGGCCACUGUCUUUGCCUAUGUGUUAUCCGUCUCUCUAGCUGCUAUCAUUCUAGCCGUCUAUUACAGUUUGAUAUGGAAGCCUGUAAGAACAAGCGGUGACGUUGACCACAACCACGAAGAACCGGAGCCCUCGGCUUCCAGUAAUGUGACUAUUGUCUCCACUGCUGCACAUGUCAACAGCAGCGAAGGUGACGGUGUACAGGCCAGGCUGGAUCCGGCAGCACAUUUAGCAUUCUACGAAGAGACAGAUCAGCAGGAGAUGGUUACAGAAAAUAGAGAUUAUGCAGGUAUCUCAACACCUUCGACCAAUGGAACAAUGGUACUUAUAGGAAAGGUGACCGAAGUGCAGGCAACCAUAGAGCACAUGACCGGCACUGAAACAGUGACUUUAUCAGCAAAGACAAAUGCAGGAACAAAGGCCUUAGGACAAGACAUGGAAGAUAUAGGGAAGAUGACUUCUGAGCAUCCUCCGAGUCAGGUCCCUCUAGUGACAGAUCCUUCACAGUCUAUAGGAAAGUCACACACUCCGAUGACCAAAGACAAUACAGGAAUUUCGGAAGAUCUUCAAGCGUUCACAUCAGCACAAUACAGCACAGAUCCUGCCGACCACUCUUCUAAUGUAAAUGAAGACGUGAGCGGGGGCAUGGCAUUAUUAGAGCAGGAAACCACUGAAGCCGAAAGAAGCCAUGAGCCUCCAGGCUACACAGAUAGUACUCCACAUACAUCCGUCCCGGGAAAUCUAUAGGACUCAGGCAUAAAGACUCUUCAGGGAGCAGACAAAGCCUUUUCUUAUCUAAUGGAAGACGACUUGUACAUCUCCAAGUCCCACUCCUUGGCGUUCUCCAGAUAUUCUGCUCUAGUGAUAAAUAAUAGUUUCUUAGACUACAAAAUAAAGUGAUGAUCAGCGCAAUCCCGAUGCAUCGGGAUUGCGCUGGACAUCACUUUAUUUUGGAGAUAAUUUUCCUGUGGGGCCAAGGUCCUGUCUGAGUCGCAGCAAAAGUGGGUGAGCUGAUCACGAUAUCUUUUGACUAGUUUCUUAGACUGUACGUUUGUUUUUCUCUUUCAUUCGUAGGACAGCAGAUCAACGUCCAGACUGACUCUGGGAUCGUAGCGUUUCGAGAAUUGCGAACUUUUCCCAUGGACUCAUUGAAAAAAUAAAGGAAUCUAUAUUUUUAAAGAAAUAAAGCAGGCUUGUUUUUUUGUCUGGGAAAAGGGAGCUUGCUUCUAUGGCUGUAGAUCUAUUUAUGUCGUGACAAACUCACAAGAGUGGAGCUCAGGUAUGUUCAUAGACUGCACGGGGAAAGACUUGUAUAUACUGUCAUGUUGUCCCAUUGAAGGUAUGAUGCACACCCUAAAGAGAACCUAUCAUUUAAGGGCUAUCGCUAUAACUGGCACAUUUACGGUAUUGUUAGAAAUUAAAUCUUGUCAAUUAUUCGCU